GACCCUGCACUGCUGCACGCGACCGCGGAUGUGGUGGUUAUUUUUAAACAGGCAGAAGAAGAGACAGCCCGGGGUCCUUCGCAGCCAGAGCAACUACGAGAAGGUCACAAUGGUUCAGAAAAUAUUAAAUAAAAUCAUCGGAGCCAAGUACAUAGGUAUUGCGAGGACGUGGGUCCCAAACAUGGUUGCCUGGGGAACAGUGGGCGGCGUGGCACUCAUUCACUUCACAGAUUGGCGAUUAGUGCUAGACUAUGUGCCGUACAUUAGAGGGAAGUUCAAGACGGACGAGUAAACUCUAACAUGACCACAACGUUGGGAUGGGCACUUGGGUGGAUUGCUUUCACACCGUGAGCUUUUGUGGGAUGCCCUGUCUCAACGGUCAGUCACUGAGGGCUUGUUAGGAGUUUGGACUUCAAGAUGCACUCUCUUUAUAAACUGCUGUUUUUGAUUCAGUGUUAUUAAAUGUGAAUAAAUGUAAUUUACUCCCAGUAUGUCUCCUUGUUCUCUAAAUUUACAACUAUUAAAGGGCUUUGUUUAAACUUG